AUGAGCGACGCCGAGAGUGUAACAAUCUCCCUGCUGCCCGUCUCCCUUUCGCUCGUCCAUCUACCUCGUUCACGGCUCGAGCAUUUUACGCAGCAUGUUCUCCGCCAAAUUCUCCAACCUACCCCUGUGUUCCUCAACGUAACAUGUAACGAGGUCGAAGUCAGCUUGUUCGCCGAGUAUGAUACUCUCCAGGAGUUCCACAAGGCCGCUAGGAAGGAUGCGCGUCGUGUGCGCCAGCGUGAUCGCGAAUCUCGUACGGACGCCAACUCUUCCCCCCGACGAGCGAAGCGCACCAAAGAGGACUGGGAGCCCGUCGAGGUCACCUCCGAGCGGUGGAAAGUGCUACAAAUAGACUCUCACUCUGACUGCCUAGACAACUCCGGCGCUAGAGUUCAUGAGCUCUCUGCACCGCUAGCCGCCGCUGGGAUUUCGAUCCUGUACCAGUCCUCGUACAUGAGUGACUUCAUCUUCGUCAAGGAAGAACGCCUCGCCGAAGUCAUGUCUUUGCUGGGUUCCGCAGGAUUUGAUCUGUACCUCUCCGAUCCCUCCAACCUAACGGCCCAGAUCUCGACGUUCGCGUCGCCCUUGAUCUCGCCAACUGGCGAAGACGAGCCGCCUAUCGGCAUGAUUGACUUGAACACUUUCCAGGGCACAGGGCGCAGCGACAGUGGAAUCAUCUUCACUCGGUCCAGGAGCAACACCAGCGGCACGACGAGUAGCUCAAGCUCGCGGUCGCAGGAGCUUCUCCAUCGCACAUCUACACCGCCCGACGAUCCCCGGAGUCCGUUAACACCGGAGGACACUCCUCGUGCGGACCCGACGGGCGCUCCCCCCGCCCGCCCAGCGCGCAGCCGCACCCUCUCGCACUCUCCUUCGGCAUGCGACGUCCGCGUGCUCUCGCCCGACAUUACGUGUGUAGGCCUCUCCGACGAUAGUGCGGACACAUGGUCCCUCAAAAUCAUCAAGCUGGUCGCCUUCCCCGAGCUCAUCGUGGGCUCAGUGGACGUGUCUCGACGCGCAUCAGAGAGGCGAGCACGCUCUGCCCAUCCGCAAUCUCCCUCCAUGCUCCCUGCGCUACCGGAAGAGCAAUUCCGGGUACUUUCCCUAAGCGAAGGCGAGGUCGGAAGUGGGAGUGAUACCACCACGCGUGUCGCGCCCGAGUCACCGAAAAAGGACCCGUUAGGGGACGACCUUCUCCCUGAGGACGAACGCGACGAAACUCACGACACCUUCGAUGACGAUGAUUCGAGUGACGAUGAGGACGGAACACGUCGUCGGCGCCCCCGACUCCCGCACUUGGAUACUCUGCGCACGGUCCACGCCCCUUCGAAGAGUGUGACGCCCAGUCCUCGCUCCCGCUCUACGUCCUCGUCGUCAAGCGAGUCCGCACCCCCACCCCUGGUGCCCUUCUUCUCCUUCACACGUACGCCUGAGGGGUCAUCUCUCGCCGCUCCCGUCUCUCUGCUAGCGACGCUAUUCCCGGCCAGCGAGCGGCACAUGGUCAUGUGCAGCCAGGAGCUGGACGUACUAGAUUCGCGCAACGCAUCCCCGGAGAGAUGGGAGGAAGACGAGGAAGGCAGCGUCGAUGACGACGCGGAUGGAGCUUUGCCGGAGCCUGAUGGCACGCUCAAGUGUCUCCAGAUUGACCUGAGGAAGUUCGGGCUCGAGAAACACGGUCUAGUCAACCGUUUCUCGCGGACGCUAGAAGACAACGGGAUCAACCACAUGUACAGCUCCACGUACAAGACUGCGAACCUCUUGGUCGACAAGGCGCACGCGAGCCGUGCGCAGGCGCUGCUGCGCUCGUGCUAGAUACCUCCGCACAGUUCAUGACAUCCCGAUCUCGCUCACUUGGCCAUUCCUGUCCUUAUGUCUGGCCGAUUUGGAAGCAAAACGACACGCGACGACACCCGCCGCUGCACCUACGACAGUCUUGAACUAUACCCCGUGACAUUGUGUACAACACUCCUCCAUGCUUGUCGCCUCGCCUCACCAGCCUCUCCUCUCCCAUCAUACGACACGGUCACUCGCCUCAUUCACACCCUCAUCCGGUCCUUGCCCAUGCAACAGCAGAUAUCUUCACAUUUCUGAUGCACGCGCCCAUCUUCCCCCAGCAUCACAUCCAUGCUAGAUAUCCGGACCUCCACGUCCCUCUUCC